AUGGAAGCUCUGAAGAUCCGCAAGAAGCAUCCGGAGCUAUCUCAGGAUGAGGUCAUGUCGCUUGUACACGAAUUCAACUCGCUGGAUGCAGACGGAGCGAAGUAUCUGUCACAGAGGGCAGUGUCGGAUGCGUUCACACAGCAACACGGCUACGGAUACGAUCAAGUGCGAGCAGCGCUCAAGUCGGUCUCUGAUGCUUCAGGGCGAGUGGACGUAGAGGAAUUUGCGGACCUGUUCAGCUCGCUCCGCGUCACUGCGAGCUCGUCGCAGAAUGGCGCGGGUCUCAUUCCUGGCAAGAGUAAGCCGGGUAGGACGACGAUUGGCGGCAGUACAGGGAGCUCUGCCCACACCAUCAACGACGACGAGCGGGUCGAGUUUACUCGUCAUAUCAACUCGGUCCUCGCUGGAGAUGCUGACAUCGGCUCAAGGCUGCCCAUACCGCUCGAUACGAUGCAAGUCUUUGACGAGUGCAAGGACGGUCUCGUACUUUCUAAGCUCAUCAACGAUUCUGUACCCGAUACGAUCGACGAGCGUGUGCUCAACAUCUCAUCCAAAGGACACAAGCGCGGUCCUUCGACCGGUCUUGCGCCGCCUGCUGCCAAAGGCAUCAACAAUUUCCAGAUGACAGAGAACAACAACAUUGUGAUCCAAUCGGCCAAAGCCAUCGGGUGCUCGGUCGUCAACAUUGGACCGACCGAUCUCAUCGAGGGAAGGGAGCACCUCGUCCUUGGGCUCAUAUGGCAGAUCAUCAGACGCGGCCUGCUCAGCAAGAUCGACAUCAAGCUCCAUCCCGAAUUGUAUCGGCUACUCGAUGAUGGCGAAACGCUCGAGCAAUUCCUUCGGCUACCGCCUGAUCAGAUCUUGUUGCGAUGGUUCAACUAUCAUCUCAAAGCCGCCAAUUGGCCCAGAAGGGUGAACAACUUUUCCAAAGAUGUGCAUGAUGCAGAGAAUUACACCGUGCUGCUCAAUCAGCUCAAACCGGACCAGUGUUCACGCAACCCUCUACAGACGCGCGACCUGCUGCAGCGAGCAGAGCAGACCCUGCAGAACGCAGACAGAAUCGGCUGUCGCAAAUAUCUCACAGCAGGCUCGAUGGUCGCAGGCAAUCCGAAGCUCAAUCUGGCCUUUGUUGCCCACCUCUUCAAUACUUGGCCUGGUCUCGAGCCGCUCGAAGAGACCGAGCGGCCUGUCAUCGAGGACUUUGAUGCAGAAGGCGAGCGGGAGGCGCGCGUCUUCACACUCUGGCUGAAUUCGCUCAACGUCGAACCGGGCGUUUACAACCUCUUCGAAGAUCUCAGAGAUGGCACGGUCUUACUGCAGGCCUUUGACAAAGUCGCGCCUGGAUCCGUCGUCUGGCGGCGAGUGUCGAAGAAGCCUGCGCAUGUCAACCAAGACGAGCCUGCGCCUGAGCUCUCGCGCUUCAAAGCGGUCGAGAAUACGAAUUACGCAGUCGACCUUGGCAAAGCCAACCACAUGCAGCUUGUCGGCAUUCAGGGCGCAGAUAUUGUCGACGGACAGAAGACGUUGACGCUCGGCCUAGUCUGGCAAUUGAUGCGCAAGAACGUGACCGCUACUUUAGCAGGCUUGAGCAAAGGCGGCAAAGAGAUCACAGACCAAGACAUCGUUCGAUGGGCUAACGAUACUGUCAAAGCCGGUGGCAAGCGUUCAUCAAUGCGCAGUUUCCGGGAUCCUGGCCUCAAGAACGCUCAUUUCUUCCUGGACCUGCUUGACAGCAUGAAGCCCGGCUAUGUCGAUUACUCGCUCGUCUUGGAAGGAAGGAAUGACGACGAAUGUCUCAAUAAUGCCAAGCUGGCCAUCUCGGUCGCACGAAAGCUUGGCGCGCUCAUCUUCCUUGUGCCCGACGAUAUCAAAGACGUGCGGGCAAAACUGAUGCUCACGUUUGUCGGUGCACUGAUGUCGCUGCAGCAAGGCGGUCGCGUAUAA